GAACACGCCCCGGGCACGUGGCCGCUCUGUGCUGGGAUGUGGCCGCUCUGUGCUGGGAUGUGGGCCGCUCUGUUCUGGGAUGUGGCCGCUCUGUGCUGGGAUGUGGCCACUCUGUUCUGGGAUGUGGCUGCUCUGUGCUGGGAUGUGGCCACUCUGUGCUGGGAUGUGGCCACUCUGCCCCAGGGCAUGGUCACUCUGUCCUGGGGACGUGGCCGCUCUGUGCUGGGAUUUGGCCGCUCUGUUCUGGGAUGUGGCCACUCUGUGCUGGGAUGUGGCCGCUCUGUUCUGGGAUGUGGCCGCUCUGUGCUGGGAUGUGGCCAGUCUGUGCUGGGAUGUGGCCACUCUGUCCUGGGAUGUGGCCACUCAGUGCUGGGAUGUCGGCCGCUCUGUCCUGGGAUGUGGUCACUCACCUGCCCAGGGCAUGGUCACUCUGCCCCAGGGCAUGGGCACUCUGUCCUGGGGACAUGGCCGCUCUGUCUUGGGGAUUUGGCCACUCUGUCCUGGGAUUUGGCCAUUGUCCCUGGAUUUGGCCACUCUGCCCCGGAUAUGGCCGCCUCUGUCCCUGGGAUUUGGCCCACUCUGACCCAGGAUGUGGCCACUCUGUCCCUGGGGCAUGGCCACUCUGUCCUGGGGCAGGGCCACUCUGACCUGGUAUGUGGCCACUCUGUCCUGGGGCAUGGCCACCUCUGUCCUGGGGCAGGGCCACUCUGCCCCGGAUGUGGCCACUCUGUCCUGGGGACACUGUCCACCUGUGCUGGGAUGGCCAGCUCUGCCCCAGGGCAUGGCCACUCUGUCCUGGGAUAUGACCACUCUGUCCUGGGCAUGGCCACCCUGUCCUGGGGACAUCCCCACCCUGCCCUGGGGCCGUGGCCAGUGUGUCCUGGGGACAUCCCCACUACUUUGGGGACCAACCCCCUGCCUUGGGGACAUCCCCACCCUGCCCCAGGACAUGGCCACCCUGUCCUGGGACAUCCCCCCUGCCCUAGGGACAAUUCCCACCGCUCGGGACAUCCCUCACCUGUGCUGGGCACGUCCACCUCUGCCUUGGGACAUCCCUUGGGACAUCCCUUGGGGACAUCCCCCUGCUAACUCAGGGACCUUCCACAGCCACCUUGGGGACACCCCCCCCGGGGACAUCCCCCCCACCCUGGGGACACCCCCCCCACCCUGGGGACACCCCUCAGCUCGGGGGAGGUUCUGGUGGCAGCGGGAGGUGACAGCGUGUCCCCUU